CUCAGCGGUCUGAUCCUCCCUGAAUCAGUGCGUCUCUUCAGCAGCAGCGUGCAGACUGUUAUUCAGACUGUUAGAGGACAUCACGCAGCGGUGUGUUUACCGGGAGGAGAUGUCUCUGUCGACGGGACUCAGUUCUGACAGCAGCAGCAGGAGGAGGAGACCGGCUGAGGAUCCAGCAGACUUCCCGUGGGAACACGAUGUCCAGACUAGUCACAAUCAUGAACAGAACCACGACCGGCUGUCUGGAGGUCCACACCCAACCAACUCAACAGACUCUCCAUCUUCACAUCACUCCACAUGUCCUGCACUGUGCACAACUAAAUGCAUGCCUGCACAUGCAUAUCCGAGCCAUCAUGCCUGUGACGACAGCUGGGAGGAGAUCCAAAGCAAGAGAACCAUCAGAGCGGAGAACGAAGUGGAAGCCAACAAACUGGUCAACAACUACCGGUUUGGUUUCAGGAAAUGGAAGAGUCAUGUGACGGAGCGGCCGUUUGAAGUCCGGUCGGAGGUGGUGAAGGAGCUCUACUCUGAGCUGAACGUCAUUAAACCACAUCCAGGUCCAGGUCAUCUCAUCACAUGUGGAAACGUGGCGUACGUGCUGCUCUUCGGUUGGUGGGUCUCUCUGGCGUAUUUCCUGAUCGGCCUGCUGAUGUUCAUCUCUAUCGCCGGUGUACCGUACGGAAAGCUGUGCUGGAAGUUGUCCUGGUACUUCCUGUGGCCGUUCGGCAAGUCGAUCCACGAGAUUGGAAACACGUUGAGGAGAUGUUGUGAGGAAGCUCCAGACUGUGAGUGUAACGUUCAGACGACAGACGAUAACUCGCCGGUUCUGCUGCCUUCGCCCACAGAGGUGCCGAUCCCAGAGCUGCCAGGACGACCUCUACGCUCUCCCUACUGGCGUCGUUUCUCUACCUACGUGUGGCUGCUGCUGGGAUAUCCUCCUCUGGUGGUCAUCCACUCGCUGGCCUGCUUCCUGUCCUGGAUCCUGGUCUUCACCAUCCCCGUCUGCAAGAUGAACGCUCGCACGCUGGGUGUCAUCCUUCUGCUGGCUCCCGAGGACGUCUCCGUGUCCACCUACUCACAGAGGAAGCAUCAGGUCUACGAGAGCCGAGCGCUGCUGUGCUGCUACCACGCCGUCAACUGGUACUACUACAAGUACACUGUUGAUGGGAUCAAUGUGUUCGCCGUCAACCUCCUCCCUCUGGUAAUCAUUGCUCUGGUAAUCGGAUAUAUUGACAGAGAGAACCAGUACGCCAGCUCCAACGCCAAGUUCGCCAUCGCAAUCUGCUCCAUCAUACCUCUGUCUUAUUAUAUCGGGAUGGGCAUCGCCAGCAUCUCAGCACAGAGUAACUUUGCGGUGGGCGCGGUGGUGAACGCCACCUUCGGCUCCAUAACGGAGUUGACCUUUUACGUCACAGCCCUGCUCAGAGGUCACCGGGCCGGCAACCCGUGUCUGCAGGAGGUCGUUAAAGCAGCGCUGACCGGCACGCUGCUCGGCUGCAUCCUCUUCAUCCCGGGCGUCUGCAUGAUCAUCGGCGGGCUGAGACACAGCGAGCAACGAUUCAACAGUCGCUCUACAGGAGUCAGCUCCGCGUUGCUCUUCAUCUCUGUAGGAGGUGUGUUCGCCCCCACGUUGUUCUCCAAGGCUUAUGGAAGUCUGGUGUGUGACGCCUGCACCAACUACACCGGAGGAAACGGCACGAGCAACGGCAGCGGGCCGUUCGUCUGCCACGACUGUCACUACGAUCUGAACAACGGGACUUUGUUCCACAACCAUGUUGAGCCGCUGGUGUUCACCGUGUCGAUCCUCCUGCCGGUCGCCUACUUCAUCGGUCUGAUAUUCACGCUGAAGACGCACUCCCACAUUUAUGAUAUCCACGUUGGAGAAGGACAGGCAGUACGUUGCUUUGCUCCUGCGUCGGUAACUUCUGUCUGUUUCUCCAAACUGGAGGCGUGCCGACCGUCAUCUACUGGAGUGACGGGCCACCACGGAGCCGUGGUCCACUGGUCCCGCUGGAGGUCUCUGGUCAUCCUCAUCAUGGCCACUGUGCUCACGUCCGCUUGUGCCGAUCUCGUCACCGAGCACAUCCAGCCCAUCCUGAAUCAGCCCAACGUCUCUCAGUACUUCAUCGGGGUGACGGUUCUCGCGAUGGUUCCUGAGAUCCCAGAGAUCGUUAACGGGAUCCAGUUUGCUCUCCAAAACAACAUCAGUCUCAGCCUGGAGGUCGGAGGCUGCAUCGCUGUUCAGGUCUGCAUGCUGCAGAUUCCCAUUCUGGUCUUAUUUAACGCCUUCUAUGAUGUGGGAUUCGUGCUGCUGUUCAGUGACCUGCACCUUUGGGCGAGCAUCUUCAGCGUCAUCCUGGUCAACUACAUCUUCAUGGACGGCAAGUCGGAUUAUUUUCAGGGUACAGCUCUGGUGAUCGUCUACCUGAUUCUGCUGGCGAUGUAUUACUUCGCUCCGUCUCCAGCCGGCUGCUGACCGACGACACUCUGCAGCCAAAGUUACACUCUUUUUUUUUUUUUUAAAGCCUGAACGUGCAAAUU